CCAACUUAUCCCUGGGCGAAGAAGAAGAGGUGACGAUGUAUAUCUCUAAAGACGAUCAGGAAGCCGCUAUGAGAGCUUGGGAAGCAGAAAARGAUGUUGUGAAGCGGCAGGCAAUGGAAGAUGAGAAGAGAAUGGAAUGGAGGUUGGCAGUGAUGAGGGAGAAGAAGAGGAGAGUGGACGCGGCAGCGGAGGUGGCAGAAGAAUUAGAAGAAGUAAAAAAGAUAGAAGAGCAACUAGCCGCCCAGACUGAACUCCGAGCUCAAAUGCGAGUCAUAGCUCGAAAUGUUGCACGCCUGGCACGAAUUCAUGCGGAGCAAUACGACUUUAGUAGGAGUCAACACAUCGCUGUGCGUUCAAUAAAGUUGGGGUUCCGGGACUUUGCGCGUAAGCUGGUAGGCGCUAUAGGAACUGAGGUGGGCCACCGCCUCGACAAGACUGAGCGGUUCUGUGUCGGCGCCAUUGAGGGCGUAAAGGCGGCAGCUCCCAAGGAGGAGGAAGCACGUCCUCCUCGCCGGGAACCAGUCAAGGUCAAAUUCCCUGAUUCCUACAGUGGGAAACGGGAAGAGAACUUUGACAACUGGGAAGCCAACGUUAAGACCUAUGUGCAAUUGCAACAGGUCUCCCCGGAUCAGCAGGUUCUAAUUGCGAUCCACGCGCUGAGAGAUGAAGCCGCCAGUUUUGCAAGGUCCCUCGUUCGCGCUGCUAACUGUAGUGACGAUCCCGUUGCGUACUCCUCGUUCACGUCUCUCACUGAGUUCUUAAAGUUGUUGCGCGAGAGGUUUGCUGAUGUCGCCCAGGGAGUCCAGGCGUACUUCCGCCUAGAGAAGGAUGGGAAAGUGGAAGAGGUCCUCCACUCCCUGACUCUCCUCGUAGAAGACAGCCUCCCAUUUGAUAUUAUUCUGGGAAUGGAUUGGGGAGAGGCAGCCGGGGCCACGCUCCAUYUGAAGGAGCAMGAGUGUAGGCUCCCUAGUUCUUCAGGCGAGGCCAAGACUGCCCGCCUGUUCCAUGUGUCAGGAGUAGAGAAUUCCUUGGCGCAUUGCUGCCUUAGUGCUCCUGCGUUCGCCAGGUUGGUGAAAAAGGAGAAAUUGGAAGAACAGGUUUUCGUUGCCUAUGUUAGGCCAGUGACUGAGCCUAAGGAAGAGAAGCCUAUAGACCCUGCGAUUGCCAAGUUGCUGGAGGAGUUUAAGGAUCUAACUGAGCCGCCGACAGGAGUAGUACCGCGGCCCAUCCAGCACCGCAUUGAGAUAGAGCCUGGCAGUAGAACUCCUAAGGGCGCUGUGUAUAGGAUGUCCCCACGGGAGUUGGAGGAGCUUCGCAAGCAAUUAGACGAGCUCCUCGAGAAGGGUUGGAUUAGGCCCAGUUCGUCUCCUUUCGGAGCGCCUGUUCUCUUUGUUCCCAAGAAAGAGGGAGAGCUGAGGAUGUGUAUAGAAUAUAGGGGUCUGAAUGCUAUUACGGUAAAGAAUGUUGAGCCACUGCCUAGGAUAGACGAUCUCUUAGAUCGAGUGCAGGGGGCUAAGUAUUUCUCCAAGAUAGACUUAAAGUCCGGAUAUCAUGAGAUAGAGGUACAUCCUGAUGAUCAGUAUAAGACAGCCUUCCGGACUAGGUACGGGCAUUAUGAGUUUAUAGUGAUGCCCUUUGGACUAACCAAUGCGCCAGCUACGUUCCAGCGCUGUAUGAACGAUUUGUUUAGGCCAUGGUUAGACAAAUUUGUUGUAGUUUACCUAGAUGACAUUCUAGUGUUUAGUAAGACCCUUGAAGAGCAUCAGGGUCAUCUCAGAGGGCCUUGGCAGGUUCUAGAUGUGAUUGGAGAUGUGGAUGGACCUUCUUACGUGGUUGAGAUUCCUCUGCAUUUACAUGCGUAUCCAAUAUUUCACGCCUCAAAGUUCUUACCUUGCGUGACGAAUGAGUUGUUUCCCAGUCGAAGAUCGGCGAUUCCUCCUAGUAUGGAUGGGAAAUAUGAUGUAGACAAGAUUGUCGCUGAAAGUACUCUUCAAACUGGACGUAGAGGCAGACCCCAGCGACAAUAUAAAAAGUCCGGGGACACGGACGAGGCCUAUCAAGUCCGAAUGCUGCUUCUGAUUACUGAAGCCAAGCAACAGUCGGAUGCAGUAGCAUCCACAACAAAGAAGAAGGCAGAGGACGCCGAGAAGGCACGUCUGUUGGCUAUUGAACAGCAGCACCAGCAAGACAAGGCAGCAGCAAAGGCUGCCGAUGAAGAACGACUUCAACGACGCGAGAAGAUAUUCAGCGCAGAGCGAGCUUUGCUCACAAUGGCAGCGGACUGGCGGACCGAGCCCGCGUGGGAGGGCGACAAGGAAGAGGCCAUGGCCGAGGAAGAGGAGGUCGCUGGCGCGGUGGAAGAGGACCCGGUACCCAGAGGGGUGGUGGCGAAGGAAGCUACUACGUGGGUGGAAGGGGCAAUGGUCCCUCGCAAGGUGGCCAUGGUUUCAAUUCUACUUGGUGAAGAGGAAGAGGCACUUGGUAUGGUAACUGGGAUAGGCCAUAUCCACCCCAUCCAGGGACCGGGACAAAGUCAGUGGGUACCAAAGACGGCCAUCGCCGCUCCUAAACCCUUCACAGGGGAUAAGAGGGGCGAAGACCUCGACACUUGGUUGAGGGCAGUGCCGGUUUAUGUCAAGUGCAAACUUACCUUGCCGCACGAGGAAGUGCUUGUGGCUGCCUCCUAUUUAGAGGGGAGUGCAGCACGAUGGUUGAGUGGUUUAGUGCAGCUACAGGGGUACGGUCAUGACUUUCGCGCUUGGGCAGUCGCACAGAAACUGGACGAUUUCCUCAAGUUGGUGGAAGACAAGUGGCAUGAUCCUCAGGAGGCCCAAAAGGCCACUGAUGCGAUCCUGACACUGCACACGAGGCAGUUCAAGUCAGUAAGGGAGGCCACUGACGCUGUAGAGCGUCUGAUUUGUGUCCCUAGGGUUCGCUAUGACCCCAAGGUUUUACUCACCUCCUACCUGAGAUGCUUUCCCAUACCUCUUAGGAAUCAGUUGGCAGGUGAGGCCAACAUCAACAUGCACAACUUUCCCUCGUUUAGUAAGAAGGUCCUAGACCUUGAGGCAAAGAUAGGGCAUGGACAUAACCCCACGACGGAUGGUAGGAAGAAGUCACCCAACUGGAAGGCGAAGGGCCGCAUCAUGUUCGUCGACAACGAUGGUUCUACCAUCGAGUUGGACGACGAGUUCCAGGCCGGAGUAGGUUCAUAGGCAGGCAGCGUAGAGGCUUCAGGGGGUGGAGUAGUCGUUGUCAUAGUUAAAAAAGGAAAGGCGACCGGUAGACGCCGAGGCGGUUCCCAGUCAAGGAGUCGACCCCAAUGCUCCUCCAUGGGAGAAAGCAGGUCUCACUGAGGAUGUGUGGAGAGAUCGGUAUACAAGGCAGGCUUGUAUCCGUUGUGGCCAAUAUG